AUGAAACCCUACUCGGUUCUCCAUUUCAUCGGGGCGGCCAUGGCCGCAAUCACCAUCAGAGACCCUGGGGACAUUAUACCUGCGUUCCAAUGGGAAUCUGACAACGCCAUUCUUGCCGAUUACAACGUAAGCACCGAGGCAGUGCAAAGAAUUGCCCAAGUUGGCCCCUACAUGGUGCGUGGGCAGGAAAAGCGAUUUAACCAUACUACGCUGGCUGUCAGCGGCAACGACACAAGCGUCCUGGUCGCGACAGAGCACGCCAAUGUGUAUGUCGACCAUACGGAGGUUGUGAAAUUUGGCUAUUCCAGCAACCUCAUCCAGGCCAGCUUUUAUGGCGUAAACUCAGCCGUGCUCGUCGCAAACAACAGCCAGCUGCGUUUGACGGACGUCAACAUCACAACACACAAUGGUGCGGCAAAUGUUUACGCCUACGGCACCGACUCCGUGGCCUAUAUUGAUAACGCCUGGCUGUAUAGUUCGGGGCCAACAGCGCAUGGGUUGUAUGCUGCCGGCAAUGGAACAUUCCGGGCGAGAAAUGUGCACCAUUUUAGUGGUGGGAACCGCUGCUCUUCGUUUUCCGGGGAUACUCCAGCUGGAUACCUCUAUGUAGAGGACUCGAUCGCUCAUACUACCGGAAUUGGAUCGGCUAUUGUCUUUGCAGUCAAACAUGCGAACCUAACCAAUGUAGUCGGGUAUGCCGAGCAGUCGCCCGCCUUCUUCACUAUCGGUGAAGGCCAUGCCGUUGCUACGGACUGCGACCUCACUGCUGGACUUUUGGGUGGGGCAGUCAUAUUUAGCAUCUCCAAGGAUACCCAGGCAUAUCCAUUUCAGUUUACUCUGGAGAACACGAGAUUGAAGGUUCUAGGCGAUGCACCGGGACUCUGGUACGGAACGGUCUAUGCCGACAGCUACAUCCGCAACAGUCAGAUUAUCACCGAGUCAGGAAUACUUGCCGUGGCUAAUUUUUCAACGAUCACUGAGGCUUUUAACUUCUAUUCUGACUAUGCAACUUCCGGGGAUAUAGUCGCUACCGCUGAUAGUCGCAUUUACGUCGAAGAGAGUACUCUGGAAGGCGAUCUAGUUGCAUACAAUGGAAGCACACUGGAAUUCUCCCUUGAACGACAUUCACAUUGGAGUGGGCGAGCUUAUGUCGGAUAUGGAGAAGCGGAGCUGGCCGUGUACCUCGAUAAGACAAGCAGUUGGAAUCUUACAGGGGAUACUGCGCUAAAGAACUUUACCAACGCAGACAUGUCCUUUGGCAAUGUCAACAGCAACGGUUUCUCCGUCACAUAUGACGCUGAUGCUCCCGCAAACAAGCCGCUGGCAAGACGGACUUUUAAUCUCACUGGGGGAGGAACUGUCUCGCCAGCCUAG